AUGGUUGGAGAUGGUAUUGCACCCGCAAUUGGGAUUGACCUAGGAACAACUUAUUCUUGUGUGGGUGUUUGGCGAAAUGGCCAAGUGGAAAUCAUACCCAACGAUCAAGGUAAUAGGACCAUGCCAUCUUGUGUAUCUUUCAGCGAUACAGGACGUUUCAUUGGUGAAGGUGCUAAGAACCAGCUCACUAUAAACCCUGCCCACACAAUCUAUGAUUCGAAAAGGUUGAUCGGAAGGAGAUUCAAUGAUGCCAAACUUCAAGAAGACAUGAAGUUAUGGCCUUUUGAAAUUAUCAAAGGGACUACCGACAUUCCAAAGAUUGUAGUCAACUACAAUGGUGAAAAGAGGGAAUUUUUUCCAGAGGAGAUUUCAUCCAUGGUUCUUAUGAAACUGAAAGAUGUUGCAGAAGCAUACCUAGGUGAUACUGUGAUAGAUGCAGUCAUCACUGUGCCAGCUUAUUUUGAUGAUUCACAACGUCAAGCAACAAAGGAUGCAGGAUUUGUUGCUGGACUUAAUGUUCUACAAAUAAUCAAUGAACCUACCUCAGCUGCAAUCGCUUAUGGGUUACACAUGAGUACAAAUAUAACUCGUGGAACCAAUGUGCUCAUCUUUGACUUGGGGGGUGGUACUUUCGAUGUAUCUCUUGUCACCAUUGAUGUAAAUGGUACGUUUCGAGUGAAUGCUGUUGCUGGUGACACUAACUUAGGUGGUCAGGACUUUGACAACAUUAUGGUGGACCAUUUUGUGAAGCAAUUCAAUGAAAAGCACAAGACAGAUAUGAGUGGGAAUGUAAAAGCACUGAGUCGGUUGAAGGUGGCUUGUGAAAAAGCAAAACGGAUUCUCUCUUCAACAACUGAAACUACGGUUGAAAUUGACUCUUUGCAUCAGGGUGUUGACUUUUCUAUGAGAAUUACUCGUGCAAAAUUUGAAUAUCUGAAUGAAGAUUUCUUUACUAAUUGCAUACAGAUGGUGGAUAGUUGUUUAUGUGAUGCAGGUUUUAAUAAGAUAGAUAUAGAUGAGGUAGUACUUGUUGGUGGGUCAACCAGGAUACCCAAGGUUCAACAAUUGUUAAAAGACUUCUUCAAUGGGAAAGAGCUUUCAAACAAGAUUAACCCAGAUGAGGCUGUUGCAUAUGGUGCAGCAGUUCUUGCUGCUAAGUUAAGUGGAGAAAGUAGUCCACAAGUUAGCAACUUCGAGUUGAUGGAUAUUGUUCCAUUGUCACUUGGUGUAGCUCUUUAUGACACUUCUUUAUCUGUUAUAGUCAAAAGAAAUGCCAAAAAACCAUUGACUAGGGAAGCCAAGUACACUACAGCUGAGGAUAACCAAAGUGCUAUACUUUUCAAUGUCUAUCAGGGGGAGAGAACUAGGGCUAUAGACAAUAACUGGUUAGGAGAAUUCACAGUUGCAGUCCCUGUUGCUCCGAAGGGUACAUCACAGGUAAAAGUGGUAUUUGAUAUCGAUGAAAAUGGUAUUUUAAACUGCUCGGGGGAGGAAGUAACCACUGGCCUUACAAAGAAGGUAAGAAUUGGCCAUGACAAGCAGAGGCUUUCAAAGGCUGACAUCAAAAAAAUGGUUGUAGAUGCUCAAAGGUACAAAAUUGAGGACGAGGAGUUCAAGGAAAAGAUUUCUGCACGUAGCGAUUUGGAGGAUUACAUUUACAAAUUGAAAAACAAAAUCAAAAGCAUAAGAAGCAAAAUCAAAAGCGAAGACAUUGAAAAAAUGGAAAAAGCGAUAGAGGAUGUACGCCGCCAAAUUCUUCAUGGAACGAAGCUUGCUGAGGUUGAUGAGUAUACGAAGAAAUCGAAUCAGUUGGAAAGUAUAUGUGUCCCAAUCCUUGCCCGAUAUGCUUGA